CAGCUGUUUGUCGGUCUUUUUCGCAGUUGCACGUAACUUUCAAAACAAAUAAAUUAACGGGGAAAUGAUAAUUUUACAUAGAUGUUCGCCUAUAAAGCAGAUUCUGAGACAGUGUCAUCGUCAAGCUCUUGAAAACAACAAUAAUAAAGUAAGUUUAACCGCCUAUUUUGGAAAAUGGCCCGAAAAAGAGCAACAGGAAUUCCGGCAGCACAUGCGAAUUAUUUCGGAUUUCAUCAGUGAAUCGGAAGAGCAACAGCUUCACGAGGAAAUCGAGCCGUAUAUGAGUCGCCUGCGUUACGAGUUUGAUCACUGGGACGAUGCCAUUCAUGGUUUCCGGGAAACAGAACGCAAGAAGUGGUUCCCAAAAAAUCGAGAAAUUCUGGAGCGCGUGCGUCAAGUUGCCUUCGAUGGAGCGGUUAUGCCGUAUGUUCAUAUCCUGGAUCUGGCACCGGAUGGCGUUAUCAAACCCCAUGUCGAUAGCACGCGCUACUGCGGCACCACAAUCUCUGGGAUCAGCUUACUUAGCGACAGUGUGAUGCGUCUUGUGCGCACGGAUGCCCAGCGAUACCAACAGCAAUCGACGAGCACUGCAAGUGAACAAGAAUCCAAGGGUUCCGAAACCGAUGCAGCUUAUCGCCAUCAGCCGGAGGCGUCACUGGAGAACAACUUCUACGCUGAUCUCCUGUUGCCGCGACGUUCCUUGUACAUAAUGAGCCACACGGCUCGCUACAAUUUCACGCACGAGAUACUGGCCAAGGAGCACUCCGAGUUCCAAGGGACGCCAGUGCCAAAGACACGUCGCAUUUCCAUCAUUUGUCGCAACGAACCCUGAGAGGGCCAUUUAUUAUUUGAGCUGGAAAUGCACUUCGGUGCAGCUAAAGUCUGAAAGUCAAAACAUUUGUUUAGUUUUCUUUUGCCGAAACAUAGUAAUUUAUCCAGAUGUUUAUUUAUGUAAUCUAUAGUUUAUAUAAAUUGUACAUAUAUGUAGUAAACCAUUAUAGUUUCAGAAACCAAUUGCGGCAAUGUUACUUCUUAGUUUGUACUUUAUUCAAGAAUUUAUUUCCGUUUAAAGAAAAUUUAAAUACAUUUUCAAUUGUUACUUUUUAAGAAACCUUUCAUUAUGUAGAGUCAUUAAAGGUUCAAAGCUA